AUGAUCGUCGGCCUGCUUUUGCUGCUUCUCAUGGAGGUCUGUCCGGCUCAGAGCACAGGUGAGUCCUCAGGGUCGGCUGCUAUCAGCUGUGCGGCCUGUCACCAGCUGGCUCGCUGCCACUCUUCCCUCCAGGACAACGUGGAGACUGUGGGCGUGUCCUGUAGUUGUGAGGACGGUGUGGUUGGAGACGGCGCCACGUGCUACAACAAGAGCACCUGCAACGACGACUGCUGCGGCCGAGGCUUCCGCUGGUCGCCGCUGCACGGCUGUGUGGACGUGGACGAGUGUUCGCUGCCCCUCCCUCCCUGCGGCCCCGGCCAGCUCUGCGAAAACACCCGCGGCUCCUUCACCUGCCUGCUGCCCGCCGAUUCACAUCAGGCAGCAACCAAAACCAAACCACGAUCGGUGGUGUUCAGCUGCGGGGAUACACAGUGCCCCUUUGGUCAGGACUGCCUCCAGGAGAACGGCUUGGCUCGCUGCAUCGACCCGUGUCAGCACUACACGCCGUUAGAUGACGCCUGGCGAGCCACAGACUUCAGGACAGACCCGUCGUCUGUGGCCUGUGACAGCCGUUCAGACUGGCAGGGCUGGUACCGCCUGUUUGUAGGUAACAGCAGCGUUCGGAUGCCGGAGUGAUGCAUCGAGAGUCACAUGUGUGGCACCGACACCCCGCUGUGGCUGCUCACGCCCCACCCGCCGCAGUCUGAGGGUAUUGUACGGGCGGAUGUCUGUGGCAGCUGGGAGGGAGGCUGCUGCCAGUUUCACUCCAACAUCAUCCAUGUGAAAGCCUGCCCAAGAAACUAUUACGUCUACAAGCUUGUAAGCCCAAACUUGUGUAGGCUGGCUUACUGCGCAGAUGUCAACACUGUGGUGUGUGACAGCUGUGCUGACGGUGAGACCUGUGUGAGCGACGACAAGAUCAGUUGGAGGUGUGAACGUCCAGCUUCUGACUCUCAGGUGAGGUUGGUGAAUGGAAACACGCCGUGCUCCGGCAGAGUGGAAGUCCUCCACAACAACCAAUGGGGAACAGUCUGUGAUGAUGGGUGGGAUCUAAACGACGCCCAGGUGGUCUGCAGACAGCUACAGUGUGGCCCCGCCCAAACUGCAACUAUCACCGCCCACUUUGGACAGGGCACCGGGCAGAUCUGGAUGGAUAAUGUGGCCUGUUCAGGCAGCGAAUCUUCAUUAUUUAACUGUGGCCAUAAUGGGUUUGGAUCACAUAACUGUGUCCAUGGUGAAGAUGCAGGUGUCAUCUGUUCAGGUGAACUUGGUGGUUUUCCAGAGCCGGAGCUGGAGUGUGGACAGGACCGGCUGCGUCUGACGAUCCAGAAGAGUCUGCUGCAGGAGCGCGGGCUGAACCCCUCCUCAGCUCACAUGAUUGACCCGCAGUGCCACGAGCAGGUGGACCGCCCGGCCGAGAUGUGGUACCUGGUGGAGCGGAAGAAGGGGCUCUGUGGAAACAGGGUGCAGACCAACGGCUCCCACAUCACAUACUCCAACAUUUUGUUUGUGUACCCAAACGUUUUGAGGGACGUCAAACUGUCUGUCCCAAUUAGCAUCCCUUUCUCCUGCGUCUUCCCACUCGAUGACAUCACCAGCCUGAACGCCACCCUUCAGUACCAGCUGCCCAGUAGGAGACUCGGCGUGGUGCGUUCAGGGGACGCCAUUAGAGCGGUGAUGACUCUGUACAAGAGGUCGGACUACAGCGAGCCGUUCCCCGCUGGCCCGGUCAGCCUGCCGCUGGGCGCCGCCCUGCACGUCGGCGUCUCCCUGGACUACGACAACAACAGCUUUGUGCUCCUUCUGGAGAACUGCUAUGUCACAAACUCCCCCAGUGCCGACGACCCCACCAAGUACUUCCUGAUCCAGAACAGGUGUCCAGUGGACGGCCGCCACGUGAAGGUGAAGGAAAGCGGCCUGUCGCAGCGCGCUCGCUUCUCGGCGCUGCUCUUCCUGUUCCAUGGGAUGUAUGAGGACGUUUAUCUGCACUGCAGGAUCAGCCUCUGUAACCGGAACAGCGACCCCUGCAGGCCAAACUGUUCCAGACGCCGGGCUCGGUCCACCACCGCAGCCUCGACCAAUCAGCUCCCUGUCACCUUCGGACCAAUCGGCUGGUCCUGAAACACGACAAGGCUCCGGACGUCCUGCUGGGAGCCAGACUGACUCUCUGGCCCCAGAGUUUUCUGAUGAAGAUGGUUAAUCAGAAUCAACGUUUUACACUGUUAUUACACUGUUAUUACACUGCUAUUACACUGCUAUUUCAUCGUUAUUACACGGCUAUUGCACUGCUAUAGCACUCCUAUUACACUAUUAUUACACUGUUGCAUUAUGUACAAAACACCUGUGUUUGAGUUGAUAUUCAUGCUGCUUGUCAUUGUAAAGCUGAGAUUCUUGUGAUUAUAUUGAUAAAACCACAUUUGAACACGUUAACAAGGAAGUCAAACUUUAAGUUUAGUUCCAAAGUGGAAAAGGUUUUUUUUCCAACAGUAAAUCUGUGUCUGACCUGGGAUAUGAUUCCUCUAAAUGUCACCUUUCAUUGGAGCCCAGAAUGACAUUUGGUAUGUCACCAUGGUUACCAAGGAUACUAUUGGAGUCUCCAUGAAUACAUAAUCAUAAUAAUUAUUAUGAUAAUUAUAAAAACCUGUGUAAAAUAGCAAUAUUUUGAGAUGUCUUCAUUGUAAUAUUUUAUACUUUGACUCUGUUGUGUUUCAGCUGUAAUGAUCUACAGGCCUGUAUUUACCAACAAUAUUCAGACGGACAAUAAAAAUCAUAUUUUUCACUGUG